GCAGCAUUGCGGAAUCAGUGUUCCAUGCCUGAUGAGGUCCCUCAGGCUGCAAUACAUCUGCUUGCACUCUUGGAUAGGUUGCGGUGAGCGGCCCACUGCCUUAGCAUCUGCGGUGGGGCCGCUAGGAAAUUAUCCCACUGGGCUAGGAGCAACGCACAACGCACGUCAUGCAUCGCGGCCAGCCUCAAAGCACGUUCAACCAGGGUUUCGGGCACCAGUGAUUUUGGAGAGGAGUUUGGAGAGUCUUUUGUGGUCGCGGCUGGUCCUGGUCGAUGUGCCGCGGUAGGGUAGAUAAGUCAGAUAGCCCAAUGGCAAAGGCGAACCGUUGCGUGAGGCAGGUACCCGUAAACGCAAAUAAAAUGGGUUGGUCAGAGACCAAACAUGGGAAACCUCAUCCUAACACCUUACACGAUAUCCUGCUUGUGAACAACAUAUAGGCGGCAUAAAAACCUAGCAUGAAGUGAAGGAUGGCAU